AUGGACCAAGCUAAAUCGAUGAAAAGGACAAGCAAUGUAACAGAAUUCAUCCUACUGGGCCUGACCCAGAAUCCAGAACUGCAGAAAAUCUUAUUUGUUGUGUUUUUAAUCAUCUACUUGACCACACUGACAGGUAACCUGCUCAUCUCCGUCACCAUCUUCAUCACCCCAGCCCUGAGUUCGCCCAUGUACUUUUUUCUGUCCUAUUUGUCCAUUUUAGAUGGUUUCUACUCUUCUUCCAUAGCACCCAAAACGAUCUCUGACUUCAUCUCUGAAAAGAACACCAUAUGCUUCAAUGCUUGCAUGACUCAGCUCUUUGCUGAACAAUUCUUUGCUGGAGCUGAGAUCAUCUUGUUAAUUGCCAUGGCCUAUGACCGCUAUGUAGCCAUCUGCAAGGCCUUGCACUCUAUGACUCUCAGGAGCCAGCCUGUGUGUGAUUUUCUCGUGGGAAUGGCUGGAGUUUUAGGGCUUCUUCAUGGAGGGAUCCAGGUUUUGUUCAUAGUCCAGUUACCAUUCUGUGGCCCUAAUGUCAUCAACCAUUUUAUGUGCGAUUUAAUACCUCUCCUGGAGCUAGCCUACACAGACACUCACACUUUGAAGGCCCUAAUUACUACCAACAGUGGGUCACUGUGCUUGCUUGUUUUUUCUAUGCUGGUUGCUUCUGUUAUCCUGUGCUCCCUCAGGACUCACAGCUCUAAAGGGCGUCACAAAGCCCUGUCUACAUGUGCCUCUCAUGUCACUGUUGUCAUCUUAUUCUUUGUACCUUGUUCAUUACUUUACCCGAGACCUUUAACCUCCUUCCCCAUUGACAAAGCCGUGACUGUGUUUUGCACCAUAGUAACUCCCAUGUUGAACCCUUUAAUCUACACCUUCAGAAAUGCAGAAGUAAAAAAUGUCAUGAAGAAGUUCUGGGAGCAAAUAAUGAAUACUGAUAAUGAAUAA